CAUCGAUGGGCCACUUUCUUGACGACGCAGCGCUAAAGCCCAAUGCGACGCUCAGCCAGUGACAGCCACGUGGGAGCUCCGACGGAGGGGCUGCAUGCAGCGUCGCGAUAUUCAUCGCCCACCAUCACACCAGGCUUCUCGAACCUCCUGCGGUACCCGUUAAAGGUUGGCAGGCUGCUCGACAAGCCCUCACGCCGCAGUAAGAGCAUUGGCUUGGACGCACGGCAGCAGCAUUGGACGAGCUCCCCGCACAGUCGAUCGUACUGCCUGGAUAGUUUGGUCUUCUCUGUUUGCAGCGACGAGGGCAUACAAGAGGUCGACCUCACGCAUGGCACUACCGUGGCGCUGCGAGACGGCAGCCACAUCGUCGUGCCGCCAAGCCACGCGCCAUCGUCUGUUCCAUCGGCUGACUCAUCCAGCACAACCGACCCGCGCCCCGGCGUUCAAAUUCUCACCGUCCAGUGGCAGAGCGCAACCCUUGGGCUCGUCCUACAGAAUAUUCGGAACCGAUCCAUUAUCAAGCACGUCACCGACGCGGUGGAUUUGGUGGCAAAUCCUGAACUGGCCCACCUCCGCUCUGGCGAUGAACUCGUGGCCAUCAAUGACAUUUCGGCCAUCUUGCUUGGAUUUGACGCGACUGUCGAUCGACUACGCGCCGUGGCUAAGCCAGCCUUGCUGCACUUUCGGCGAGCUCUCGUCGUUUCGCCACCUGCCAGUGAGCCCGAGGUGGAGGCUGCCUCGCCCGCCCCCUCGAUUCCGUCGUCGAUUUCAUCGCGUGACGAAGACGAUGGCAUCGUGACGUUGCCUCCGCCGUCAACAGUCCCGUUCUUGCAACCGGAUUCGGCGCCGCCCGGGAGCGAUUUCGACGUGGACGACGCGCGCGCUCGAUUGGGAAAGACAGAGUUCUUCCCUCUCUCAACUUCACACAACGUGUUUACGAUGCUGCGGUGGUCGGGGGAAUCUCUGGGCAUUGCGCUGCAGAAGCACCCGACCAGCGGACAUUUGGAGAUCAAGUUUUGCACGGGGAACGGUCUGGCAGCGUCCCACGGGUGUCUCGGGGUCGGCGACAUCUUGGUGUCUGUCGCGGGAGUGCCCAUGCGCGCGUUUUCGCUCGCAACAUGCCUCGAUUUCCUCCAUUCAACGCAAAAGCCCGUCUCGAUGCUAUUUCGGCGGCAUGGUAGCAUCGAAGCCCUUGAUGCCACCCCCGACAUGAUCUCUCCGUCGUCCGUCCAGCCUCCACACGAAUUCACAGUCGAAUGGGAGGUCGUCGGCGCCGUACAGCCUCAAGGGCUAACGCUCCAACUCUUUUAUUGCAACGACGCGCUCGUUGUGGUGGUCUCGGAAGUUACCUCAUCGACGUUGCAAGUCCAGAUUCAGCCUGGCGACAGACUUGUGGCCGUAAACGGCCUCCCCAUCAGCUCCCUCCGUCCCGAGGCAUUGCGGACAAUGCUUCUUGGCACGUCCAAGCUGACCCUCCACCGCACAACCUCGCCGUGGAUGCUGUAG